AUCAUCCUCAACCUUCCCAAGCCGGCCUGAACGAUGCCUCCACACGAUGAGGAAACACCUCUUAAACCCACCAAGAGGAUAUCUUGCAAGAGAUGCCAGUACAGAAAAUUCAAAUGCUCCCGCACCGAACCAUGCCAAAACUGCAGCACGUCCAAUACCCCUUGCGAAUACCGCCCUGUAGAUCGUAAGCGCGUCCCGGCCUCUCACGAGUACGUCGCGAGCCUCGAGUCCCGCAUCUCAUGGCUGGAGACGUUUGUUCAAUCUCUCCGUGUCGCCACGCCAGAGCAGCGGGAGGAGAUGCUCAACUCCACGGCAGCUGCGGAUGGAAAGGACCAUUCUCUUCCUGGUAGUUCUAACAAAGCUCAAGAAGAGAUCCGGACGGAUGAAGGAGCACCACCACUGGCACCAGGCAACUACAUAUCCCACCUCGGCAUCCACGCUCGCUCAAGCGCAAAUCUCGAGCUAGGCCUCGAAGGUUCCCUCAUCUACCAUGGCGCAACCUCCAUCUUCCGCGUCGACCUCCCUUCCACCUCCUCCAAAGACCCAAGGGAUCCUGACAACACUACCGCCGCUCUCCUCCGAGGAGGCGGCAUCGAAGCAAACUUCGAAUCUGUAAUGCAACACUUUGGCAUCGACGGCCCAUCCUCUCCCGCCGUUCUGCAGUCCCUAACACAGUUCUUCCGCUGGCAAUAUCCGCACUUCAUGUUCAUCUACCGCGAGGCCUUCCUCCGUGACCAUUUCAGCAAUGACGACGGUGAGGGUGAUGCCAAUAACGGUGGGAACAAUAGAAAAUACUGGUCCCCCGCCCUGCUCCUAUCUAUAUGCGCCCUCGGCGCGCUGGUCAGCUUAGAUACAAAAGCCUCGAGUGAGCGAUUUUUUCUCGCGGCGGAAAGCAUCAUCAUGGUGACCGGGCUCACGAGGCCGAGCGUCGCUACCGUCCAGGCAUUCCUUUGUCUUGCGCUCUACGAGAUUGGGAGGGGUAAUUUGUCCAAGGGCUGGGGGUAUUCUGGAAUCGCCUUCCGCAUGGCCCAAGAUCUCGGCCUCCAACGAGACCCCAAAGGUUGGGUCCAACACGACUCAUCCCUCGCAACACACGAAGACGUCGAGAUCCGGAGGAGAAUCUACUGGGGCUGCUACAUCUCCGACAAGCUCAUCAGUCUGAUUCUCGGUCGACCCGUAUACCUGGUCUAUGACGACGCCGAGGUCCAGCCCAUGGAAACGCUGCCAGAACCCCCCGAAAUGAGUCUCUGGCGCCCCGUAGGCUUCGACGAAGAAUACAGAGAAUCCGCGCAAGCGAGCUCCAUGAUCCCCUACCUCCACGAACAGAUCCGCCUAUCGCGCAUCAUCGAGAGAAUGAUGUCGACGCUCUUCUCUCCGCGCUCCAAUCUAGACGACCUCGGUCGACGAGUAUGCUUCGAUAAUCUAAACCUAGACCUCAACCGGUGGCGCGAAUCGCUUCCCGAUUUUGCAAAAUGGCAUAAAUGGGGUGGAUCGUCAUCGAAGAGGAUACCAGGAGUAUUGGCGUUGCACCUUCUAUUCCAUAGUGUUCGCAUCGCCUUGAACUAUGAUCAGGCUAUUGCAUCCCGGGGAAGCGAUGCGGACGAAGAGCCACAGUCUUACUGCGUCACAUCCGCGCAGCACAUCACUUCCCUGGUACGCACCUAUCGGAGUCAGUACGGGCUUCAACAUGCACCACUCGUGUUUGUGUACGGCGCUGUCCAGGCGAGUCGCUCGGCCAAGGCAUUCAACAUCACAGAGGAGAGCCAGUAUCUGAACCAGAUGCUGGGAGAACUAUCAUCGGCUUGGAGCCUGUCAAGAGAAGUCAUGGCCAAAGUAUUGGACUGCUAAAGCUAAAUACCCGCGAGAGUACACAAAUCGGGCCCCAUUCCCCAUCCCGGCCUCCAGACUUGUUUAUCCAGCUUCCACAGCAGUCACCAUAGCCAUCUGUGUUCUCCUUUUGGACAUCCACCCUUAUUGAUGCCAGCUUCCUUUGCACAGAGUGUCGUCAUGAUACCCCUUGCCAAACCAUAGCUGCCAUGUCUUCAUCGGGGUGGCCUUGAUACAAUUCAAACGUUCAUCUGGUCGAAAGACUUGGCCCACAAGGUCUUGGCGUCGGCGGCGGUGUAGACCCGGAGCUUCGCGUCGGUGUCGGCCAUGGUGUCAUUGGCGGCUCUGGUCCACUGCUUCGGCUUGCUGUACUUGCAGCCGAUGGCGAUGGUGUCGAGACGAGGGAGGGGAAUCUCCUCCGCG